GCUCUGUCUGAUUAUUUGGAUGUCGUCCCAAUGACAGCCGUUUAUCGUUUGUACCUGUCUGUUGGCAAUCCUGUUUCUGUGAAAGCCUUCAUUGACGCCACUUGUGUAAAAAAAGGCACUGAUCCACCAUGUUACUAUGCUAUUCGUCCGGAUUCUAGUAGGAAAAGCUUCACGUCCGGCUUCAACGCAGUGCCAUUGGGUCAUGAAAUUUACUAUGUUCCAGGUCAAGAACAUAGAAGUUAUUUCGAUAAGGAAACUGAAGAAUCUCCUGAUGUUUUCUGCCACAGUCUUUACACUUUCAGAAAUUUGGGUAAAAAAAUUAUUCUGCGUUGUUUGCGUGGGGUAUGCCCAAAAAUCCUAUGUGCCAAUCGAACAAACGUUAACUGGAGAUAUGAACUAACUUUCCUCGAAUUCUAUGAAGUGAUAUUGAAAUGUAUUUACGUCAAAGCUGAGGAAAAUAGGAAAGUAGAAGAGAAACUUCUCCAGGCUACAAGGGCAAUGUCGAUGGAAAAGCAAUUAACUUCUUUCGUAUCCAGACUGAAGGACAGGCCUACAAAAAGGAAAAGGUCGAGGAAAUCCAUUGCGGGAUCUAAUUAAAUGAUUUAUUACAAAAUA